AUGUUGCUCAAUGAAUUUUACGCAUUGUAUAAAUCACGUGCAUACGCCCGAAAAAUUAUAAUGGCUUCAAUCGAAGUCUAUUUUGUUGCAUACAUGCCACGUUAAUUCGAUAAAAGCUCCCUUCCUUUAACUUCUUGUUGUACAAUAAGAUCGUUGCGCCCUCGUUUGUUAUCUAUUGUAUUCAAUCUUUUUAGUCUUUCUACAGUUUUAGGCCAGUGUUUAGUGUAUCGUUCACCGGGUUAGAACUAUCAGUGCCAUAUGUCGUGUGAGUUGUAAAAUUUUAGCAUAAUAAAGUUAUUAUAAUACGUAAAUGAAAUCGAAAUUAAUAUUAUAUAGGUAGUUUAAAAAUAUUAUUUAUUUAGAUGUUAUAAGGGAGAGUCAGAAUCUUAAAAAAGUUGUAAUUGUAAUAUUAUUGAAACUUUGGAAAAUAAUAAUAAAUUAGGAAAAUCAUUUUUAUAAAUUGUUUACAUGUAGAACAGAGUUUCAAUGUCAAAAAGGAAUAAUGUCAAUAAAUAAAAUUACUAAUUUAUUUUAUUUUAGCGUGCAAAGAUAAUAAAACAUUGGUAAUAUAACGUAUUUUUUAGGUAAUCUGAAAGGAAUGACAUGUGACACAAGGAGACGUUGAAAUAUUGCACAAUAUAAUACAAUAAAAUCGAAGCAAAACAGGAGGGAGAAGCAUGUUAUCAAUAUGAAGUGGAUAAUAAUUUCGUGUAUUUUAUGUGUGUUUGGUUGUUUCAAAGAGUUUAGACCUUCGGAGUCUUUUGUCACUGAUUAUUUAACAAACUGGAAAAAUUUUACGGACGUUCAAGUAAAUCAAGAAAUAUUUCCUGUUUCUACUUACUCCUAUUUUGCAACAUUAAUUAUUGUAUUUUUGAUAACUGAUUUUGUACGAUAUAAGCCAAUCAUUAUUUUAUGUGGUUUAUCAGGAGCUAUUACAUUUCUUUUAAUAGCGCUUGGCCAAGAUGUUUUAACUAUGCAAAUUUUAGAAUUCUUCUAUGGCUUGUUCCUUUCCACAGAAAUAGCUUAUUACACAUUUAUUUAUGCUAAAGUUGAUAGAAAACAUUAUCAGGAAGUAACUAGUCAUACAAGAGCAGCAUCUCUAUUUGGUCGUUGUAUGGCUGGUAUUGUUGCACAAUUAACAGUAUCUUUGGACAUAUUGAAUUAUCAUCAAUUAAAUUACCUUACAAUAGGAGCUAUUACAUUUGCUACAAUAUGGGCUUGUUUUUUACCUUCAGUUGGUCAGUCCAUUUACUUUCAUAGAAAAAAUGAAAUUAAUUUUUCUACAUAUAAUGCAACACAAAAUGAUUUAAAUCAAGUAUUACAUAGUUCUGAACAACCUGAGUAUUCUUCCCCUAAUAUUUCAUUAAUCCAUAAAGUUAAAGACGCUUAUAUUUUAUUGUGGAAAGAUUUUUUACAAGCAUAUUCAAAUAAUCAUGUUGUAAAGUGGUCAAUAUGGUGGGCAUUUUCUACUUGUGGAUAUUUACAAGUUAUUAGUUAUAUACAGUUAUUAUGGCAAACUACUGUAGUACCUGGAGAUAAAAUUUACAAUGGAGCUGUAGAUGCUUUGUAUACAAUUAUAGGUACAAUUACUGUAUUCUGUAUUGGAAAGCUGCCAUUUAAUUGGUCUUUAAUUGGAGAUACAAUGGUAUCAUUUAUGUCAUUUGUGGAAGGUGUUUUAUUAGUGGUAUCUUCAUAUAGUUACAGUAUUUGGUUGUUAUAUGCUGCAUAUAUAAUAUUUGGAAUUAUUCAUCAUACAAUGGUUACUGUUGCAAGUUUUGAAAUCGCAAAAUACAUAUCGGAAGAUAGUUAUGGUUUGAUAUUUGGUGUAAAUACUUUCUUUGCACUAUUAUUACAAAGUAUAUUAACAGCCAUAGUAGUGAAUGGAAAUUUAAAAUUAGAUCUGAGAUCUCAGGUAAGAUUAUUAUUUGUAUGUCAAUAAGACUCAUAAAAAUAUAUAAAAGCGACUAUUAAUGACUAUUAAUUUUGGGAAUUAUUUGCAUCGAUAUUUUAUAUUAAAGUAUAUUAAGAAUAUACUUUUGGUAUCGUUUAUCUUAUUUCUAUAUUUAUAUAAUAUAGAUAUUAUUUAUAUCUAUAUUUGUAUAACAUAGUAUAGUAAACGCCUAUUUAAUUGUCGUGGAUAUACAUAAUAUAGCUAAAAAAAUUUUCAAACAGUUAGCUUUUUUAAAAUUUUUAUAUUUUUAUGAGUUAAUUAGAUUUCUACUUGAUAUUGAUAUUCAAGUGUCUUACAUUACACUUUUUUCCAGUAUUUUGUUUAUGGUGGUUAUUAUAUUGUCAUAUCCAUACUUUAUAUGAUAAUAGGCAUUUCAAAUAUUGUACAACAUUGUAGGAAGGGUACAGGUUUUAAAAUCCUUUUAAAACGGGAUCACAAUUGAGAAUAUAAAAGAAUUUCCAGAAUGAUUAGGUUCUAGAAAUUAAUACAAAUUCAUUUAGAAAUAAUUAUAUUAGACAUAUAUCAAAAAUAAUCAAAAAUAGUUGAUCAAAUAGAUACAUUUUUAUAAUGAAUUCAAUUUAAAAAUAAAAUUUUAAAAAAUUUUAAUAUAUUUAAAAAAAUUCUUAUCUAUUUUAUCCUAUUUUUAUUAUUUAUUUUGGUAGAAAUUUUUUUUGGAUAAGUUUUUAUCAAUUAAAGAAAUUUAUCAAGAAAUAAGUUUUUAUCAAUUAAGUCUCAGGGAAAAGAUAUCAUAUAUUAUUGAUACAUAUCUGUAUUGUAGAAAGUUUAUAGAAUACAGUAUUAUAUUUUUAAUAAUAUAAAGUGUUGUGAAACUUGGGUGUUAGUUUGUAAGUUAAUUUGCACAAUAUAAGGGAUAUAAUAUAGUACUUUUUGUAUGAUUUUGUACAAAGUAGAAGAUAUUAAUGUUAAUAAUUUCCAUAAAAAUACCUAUUAUAUUUGAGAAUUAUAUUAAAAUUUUAUUUUUUAAUAAACAAUCUGUUUACAAGAAAUUUUUAACAUUUCCCUUCCAAUUUUCAAUCAUUUUUAUACUGUGAUCCAAUUAAUAUUUUUAUUAUUCCUCGGUGGUAAUUAAAAGUAAUCGUACUUUAUCCAAAACCGGUUCUCUACAUUUCUACAAACAUAAAAUAAUUUUUUUUAUUUGUUCCUUCAUCUUUUUAUUGUUUAAGUUAUUGCUUACGAAUGAAAACGUUUGAAAUAAGCAUCUUCCUAACUCUCGACGAGGAUUUGCAUUCUUGUCAAAAUAUUUAAAUAAUUUCCACCAAAUUGAACAAUCUUGUAUACUUUGUUUAAAUUCCUUACUGAUAGUAUCAUCCAUUGUAUCAUUUCGUAUUAUAGAUACAAUGGAUUUCAUCGUUUCAUCUUGAAUGAUUUUUGAAAACAUGCAAGGAUAAUUGUUACAAUCGUUUAUGUGCGACUGUAAUUUAUCUAAUAAAAUGGUGUCUUUCAAACAAAUUUGUAAUAUCUAUAUAUAAAAAAUAGUAAUUAAUGUCUAUAUAAAUAUAAUAUUUUAAUAAAGUCUAUUAAUUUAAGUAUUUAUAAGUAUUCAUAAAUUAAUAUUUUAUAUUCAAUAAGGAAUUUAUACAAUCAAUAAUAAUUGUAUAUGUAUGUAUAUUACAAGAUGUAAUGUAAAAGAUGUAAAAUUUAUUUCAAUAGAAAUGAUCUUUUUCUUGUUGUACGAAGAUUGUAUAUUUUUACCCAGUUUGGAGAAAUUAGAACAGGAUAUAUUUUAAAUAGACUCAUGUUUAAUUUAUUAGAAUAUGUAUCUGUAUCUUGUGCCACCGCCGCAUACGAUGUUUCAAAAGUAUGACCAUCAAUUAAUGAUAAGAUAAACGACACUGUUACAUAUCAGCAUUAUAUAAAACUACGAUAAGUUGAACAACAUUAAGGUUAUUUAAUCUAUAUUGAAGGUUGACUUACUGUGAUAAUAUAAAAAUAUCAUGCUCAAUAGUUUUAUUAACAUUGUGAAAAUUUGAAAAAUAUAUCAAGGAAGUAGGAUAAUUGAAAAUUACUCUUUGAUUAUCAGAAAUUAUUAGCAGAAUCUAGUUGAAACUAUCUGAUUAUAGUAAGUAAGUAAAUUUAUUUAAAUUGAAGAAAGCGUUUCACAUAGCAUUGUUUCACUAGAUAAUAAAUUGUUUCAUUGGAUAAUAAAUCUAAUAUUGUACAGUUUAAAUAAUCUUAAAGAUUAAGGACGAGAUAAUGUGAGAUUAAAAACACUGAUGUACAUAGGAGAAAAAGAAGUUUUAUGAAAGUAUAUCUGUAUACUUAAAACAUAUUAUAUUUGGAUUUAUGCAUAUGAAAUCAAUUCCAUCAGAAUUUAACACGAUUAUCUAAAAAAUAUUCUGUUAUUUGUAAAUCGUUUUGAUGAACACUUAUCAUGGUCAUGUUUCAUCAUUCUUGUAUACAAGACUCGUAUGAUGCGAUUAAAAAAUUACUACUGCUAAAUGUUAAAUAAUUACUAAAUAACAUAAAAAAACACAUGCAAAUAAACAACGUAGAAAUUCUGAAGUUGUUGGAAAUUCGAACCGAUAAAGGAAAUAGAUCAGCAUUUAAAAAGCGAUGUUCAUGGAAUUUAACACGUUGACUGUCACGCGAAACUUUUACGUUUUGUCUAUGAAACAAAAUAUUUAAUUUCUAUAAGAUAUUAUAUUACAGUAAGGUACAACGAAAGCACAUUUCUCGCUUUGUAAUAUUAUCUAGUCUAUCUAUUCAUUGUCAAUGAUAUUCAUCUCAUUAUAAUUAUAUUUAUCUCAUUCUAAAAUAUUCUAAAAUAUUUAUCAAAAUAGAAACGACAGUCACUAGUAAUCAUCGUAGCAGUCAACACGUUAAAUGAUUGUUUAGUUCCAUUUGUCGUUUUUUAAAUUAUUCUAUUCAUGCGAUGAGAACAAUUUUGAGAUUAAAGACGAAGAUUGAAACAAAGACACGAGGUUUUAUUAUAUUAAUUUUUGGAUUGCACCGAGUACAACAAAUUCACAAGCUUUUGCAGCCUGUUGCGUCAAGCAUAAACCUAUUUCUUGAAGGCGAGAUAAUUCUGCUCGAUCAUCAGUUAAAGGAUAUUCUUCUAAAUUGUUGGCAGGUUUUUUCGCCAUGGUUAAACGCAAUCGGUUAAGCUCUAUUUCUUCCUUCGGACUUAAAAUUUCUAGAAAAUUGAUUUAUUAUACACGUAUAAUCACAAACAUUAAGAUUUUCUAUGUUUUAAGAUUUUUUUUUUGUUUUGCUUAAAAAGAAAAAAACUAAUUCGCUUUCUUUUCUUAAAAUGUUGGAAAUCAUUGUAUGAGGUGAAUUAACACGAUGAAUCUUUGAAUGAAUCUUUUUUUUAAGUUGCACUAUUUAUAGUUAUAAAAUUAUUUAUGAUAUACAUUACUGUUGCUAUUAUUGCUAUUAUUUUUUACUACUACUUAUUUAUGAUUUAUUUAUAAUUGUUUAUGCUAAUAUUGCGAUAUUUAUGCUAAUACUAUAUUUAUAUUACUUAUAAAUAUAAUUAUAAAUAUAUUAUAUUAUAUAUAAUAUAUUGUAUAUAUAAUAUAUUAUAUUAUAUUAUAUUAUAUUAUUAUAUAAUUAUAUUACUUAUAAAUAUAAUUUAUAUUACUUAUAUAAAUAUCAUACUUUUACUUUCAAGUUCUGUAAUCUUGUUUGACAAAUUCUUUCGAAUGGCUUGUACUUUUUUGGCGGCUCGUCUCUUUUUCGUUAUUUCCUCAUCGCGUUCCUCUUUCUUUUUCCUUCUCAAAUUCUUCUUUUUUUUCCUCGAAGCCCGUGAUUCUUUAUACUUUUUCGAGAAUCUCUUUUCUCUAUUCUUCACCUUUAGUAAGAGUAAACAUUAAGUGAAGAUAUGGAUAAGUUUUUGAUUAACUUACGCGAACGUUUAAUUUCAUGCGAAUUAAUCUUUUAUUUUGAUCUUGUUUGUAUUUCUGCCAGAGUUUUCCACAAAUUUCGGCCGCACGAAGCAAUUUUAAUCUCAGCUCGUUGUUGGAAAGAUUGUGAAAUAACGAAACGAUUUUUCCAAUGUUGAAAUCAUCCUGCCCUCCACCCUAGUCAGUAUAAUUAGUAUAAUUAAUUAUAAUUAUAUGAAGUUAUAAUUUCGUGAAGUAUCUAGUGAUUAAUGAUCUUUAGUUACUAUUUACACUUUUUUAAAUUUUAGUAAAUUUUCUUUUCUUUUUAAUUUUUAUUAAAACAUAUAUAAAUAUCUUCAUACUGUUUUACAUAAGAUAAGAAUACUUAUAAAUUAUUUUUAAUUCGAGUACGUUCUUUCUUUUUUUUUUUAGCAUUUAAUUUAAUUUUUAAAUACUGAUAAUCAACAAUUUUGUUUGAGAGUUAAAUGAUGAAUACAUAUUUUUACCAAUUCGAUAAACGUGCAAUCCCAAUCUAUUCCACCGUAUUGGCAUCGGGUUUUUGCUUUUUCAACAUCUUCAGAAAUCUCGGUGUAUUUCAUACAAUAUGCAAGCACCCAAUUUCGAGGUAUAUCGAUCACAGGUAAGAUUCUCCAAACUUUAGCCGUGAUGUCAUCUAACAUCUUCAACGAGGUGCUAUCGGUGAUGGUUGGUAUUUUUGUGAUUGAUAAAUCGGGAAAAACUGUCGUUUCGGUAGUAUUUUCAUAAUACUGAAGCAAAAUUACGAACCUCGAUAAAAUUUUCAAUUUUAUUUAUUACAGUGAAGAGCAAUAA